AUGUCUUUCCCACAAGAACCAGAAUUCCAACAAGCUUACGACGAGGUUGUGUCUUCGUUGCAGGACUCGACUUUGUUCGAAAAGCAGCCUAAGUACCAGAAGGUGUUGCCAGUUGUGUCCGUGCCAGAAAGAAUCAUCCAGUUUAGAGUUGCAUGGGAAAAUGACAGCGGCGAACAAGAAGUGGCCACCGGUUACAGAGUGCAGUACAACUCUGCCAAGGGCCCAUACAAGGGAGGUUUGCGUUUCCACCCAAGUGUCAAUUUGUCGAUCCUAAAAUUCUUGGGUUUUGAGCAGAUCUUCAAGAACGCUUUGACCGGCCAGGCCCUAGGUGGUGGUAAGGGUGGUCUCUGUGUGGACUUGAAGGGCAGAUCCAACAACGAAAUUAGAAGAAUCUGCUACUCUUUCAUGAGAGAACUCAGCAGACACAUCGGCCAGGACACCGACGUUCCAGCCGGUGACAUCGGUGUCGGUGGCCGUGAGGUCGGCUACUUGUUUGGUGCUUACAAGUCCUACAAGAACUCCUGGGAAGGUGUGUUGACCGGUAAGGGUUUGAACUGGGGCGGAUCUUUGAUUAGACCCGAAGCCACCGGUUACGGUUUGGUCUACUACACCCAAGCCAUGAUCGACUUUGCCAGCAAGGGCAAGGAAUCCUUCGCUGGCAAGCGUGUUGCCAUUUCUGGUUCCGGUAACGUUGCGCAGUACGCUGCUUUGAAGGUCAUCGAACUAGGCGGUACUGUCGUGUCUCUCUCGGACUCCAAGGGCUGCAUUGUCACCGAGUCCGGCAUCACUGCCGAGCAAAUCGACGCCAUCAUCGGUGCCAAGGUCCAGUUCAAGACUUUGGAGCAGAUCAUUGGUGAAUACUCUGCCUUCUCUUCCACCCCAGUGAAGUACAUCGCUGGCGCCCGUCCAUGGACCCACGUUGGCCAAGUCGACGUUGCUCUACCAUGUGCCACUCAAAACGAAGUUUCCGGUGACGAGGCCAAGGCCCUGGUUGCCGCUGGUGUCAAGUUCGUCGCUGAAGGGUCCAACAUGGGUUGCACUGCCGAAGCCGCUCACAUUUUCGAAGGCGAACGUUCUGCUUCCAGCUCUAGUGCAUCCGCCCCUGCCGUCUGGUACGCUCCUGGUAAGGCCUCCAACAUGGGUGGUGUUGCGGUUUCCGGUCUAGAAAUGGCCCAAAACUCUCAGAGAAUGUCCUGGACCAGAGAGCAGGUCGACCAGGAACUCAAGAAGAUCAUGGUCAACUGUUUCAACGACUGUUUGGAGACUGCCCGCGAAUACUCUAACGAGAGCAACGCUGACGCUUUGCCAUCUUUGAUCAAGGGUGCCAACUUGGUUGGUUUCAUCAGAGUUGCCGACGCUAUGUUUGACCAAGGUGACGUUUUCUAA